AUGUCAGCUUGUCGUAGGGAAGAUUUCGAUGUGUUUAAUGGUGGUGAUUGUGCAAAUGUUAAUGAUUUUGUUGAUUGUAGUCAGGAAAGAAGUGAGGUGUUUUUAAAGAGUAAUGUAAGUCAGAAGGGAAGUUCCCGCAGAAAGGUAAAGAACGCGUCGGUGGGCCCUUUGCGAGUUAAUUUACGUUCGCGUGGUAUGAAUUCUAAUACUGAUGUUAUUAAGGAAGUAUUUUACGAUGAUGUUUUAUUAUUGAUUGAUAAAGUAUUUUUAUUACGGUUUAAUUGUUAUGUUUAUCGAUGGAUACAGGAAUAUUCAAUUCGUUUAUUAUCAGCCUCGGUAAUUCUUCUGAAAGAUUGGCGGGUAAUCUUAAAGGAGGAAGAUCAUAGUCGUUUAAAGAUUUAUAAUGCUGUUCUAGAAGAGCUUUUAUAUGAACUGAAAUUCCAUAGAGAUCGAAUAUCACUUGGUUCUCCAUAUAACAGUAUUAUGGUAAAUAGCUGGCGUAGAGCAGAAGGCAUUCGGAAUUGGGCUGCUUCUUGCAUAGUUUGUUGUGCACUGUCCUUAAACGUUGGACACUGUAGAUUAUCUACUAUUUUUAAGUCAUUAAAUGACAUAGCUCCUUUAACGUUAUUAAGAAGCAAACUGUUUCGUCCAUUUUUUAGAAGUAUUGUUCCAGACAUAAUGUUGAGGGAAUUCACGGAAGAUGGACUUGUAAACGAAUUACCGAAGGGUUUAUGC